GCAACCAGCACCACAAAGACAGCAAGAAUCUUUCACUAUCUCACACACUCACGGAUACUCCUACACGCGAACGGUGUAGGCUCCGGCGCCGAGAAAGAGCUAGAGGUCCGUCAGGUUUUGUGCGAUGGAGGUUACCCCGAACCACACGCAGGCCGCGAGCGGGUGGGCGGCCAUGGAGGCCUCCGGCAAGGUGGUGCCCUUCGCCUUCAAGCGCCGUGAGAACGGCGUGGACGACGUCACCAUCAAGGUGCACUACUGCGGCAUGUGCCACACCGACCUCCACUUCAUCAACAACGACUGGGGCAUCACCAUGUACCCCGUCGUGCCCGGCCACGAGAUCACCGGCGUCGUCACCAAGGUCGGCUCCAACGUCUCCGGCUUCAGGCCCGGCGACCGCGUCGGCGUGGGCUGCAUCGCCGCCUCCUGCCUCGACUGCGACCACUGCCGCCGCUCCGAGGAGAACUACUGCGACAAGGUCGCCCUCACCUACAACGGCAUCUUCUGGGACGGCAGCGUCACCUACGGCGGCUACUCCAACAUGCUCGUCGCGCACAAGCGCUUCCUCGUGCGCAUCCCGGACACCCUCCCGCUGGACGCCGCCGCGCCGCUGCUGUGCGCCGGGAUCACCGUGUACAGCCCCAUGAAGCAGCACGGGAUGCUGCACGCUGGCAGGAGGCUCGGCGUGGUCGGGCUGGGCGGGCUCGGCCACGUCGCCGUCAAGUUCGGCAAGGCCUUCGGGCUCAAGGUCACCGUCAUCAGCACGUCGCCGGCCAAGGAGCGCGAGGCCAGGGAGAGCCUCAAGGCCGACGACUUCGUCCUCAGCACCGACGAGAAGCAGAUGCAGGCCAUGGCGAGGAGCCUGGACUACGUGAUCGACACGGUGUCGGCGCAGCACUCGCUGGGGCCCAUCCUGGAGCUGCUCAAGGUGAACGGCAAGCUUGUGCUGGUAGCGGCGCCGGACAAGCCCGUGGAGCUGCCGUCCUUCCCGCUCAUCUUCGGGAAGAGGACGGUGAGCGGGAGCAUGACUGGGGGCAUGAAGGAGACGCAGGAGAUGAUGGACCUGUGCGGGGAGCACGGCAUCACCGCCGACAUCGAGCUCGUCUCCACCGACGGGAUCAACGACGCGCUGGCCAGGCUCGCGCGCAACGACGUGCGCUACCGCUUCGUCGUCGACGUCGCCGGGAAUGGCUCCAGGCUCUAGCUAUUGGAUUCUGGCUGGCUGCUCUGUCACAAAGAAAGGAUGGGUGCCUGUUUCAUUUUCACAGCUCAGUUCAGUUUCAGGGUAUGGGAAGAGUGAUCGACACCAGGGGUUCUUAAUUUGUCUGCGAUUAAAUUGUACCAUGUCAAUAUCUCAUUGAGUCUCAGAAAAAGAUUAAUUUGUGAGCCGUGUCAA